GUUUGGUCGAUUUGGCUGAGAAAUACGGAGUGAUUUCGUUAUAUGCCUCUUUUGAAAACCAACUGCAAAAUCUCAAAUGCGGAAUUAACCAUAUGUAUAAUAUCGCGUGAAGGGCCCAGCAUUAAAAUUGGCUGUUUGGUAUCAAAUUCACAUCUGCCUCUGGAAAAUAAUCAUGUGUUGGCAAGACUCUGCUUUUUACGCAUUACAUUGAUGAUACUCGCUCGCUCUUGUCCAGUUUUCACCUGAUAUUACCUAUACGACUUAGUGGUAUCAGGUAAUUUUAUGUGAGGCGCGUGUUAUACAUAUCGUUUGUUGCACGACUUUCCUAGGCUAAAUGAAUUAAACAAAUCUUCAUAGAUAACGGUAACGUUUUACGAAGAUUCGUGUGCAAAGUGCUGCAUGGACUUUUGUAUAUAAAUAGGGAUGAAACGUGAAGUAGAAUAACAAACUGGAUUGUCAAAAUGAAGACCACUCUCCUAUUGAUCGCAACGGUAGCUCUUGCUACCCCAUCGCUAUCCGUUGACUGGACGGAUCUCACGGUGAAGUGGAGUGCAAUUGAUAUUCUGCGCUUAGACAGCUGGUAUGGAAUACCAAUAACGAAAUCGGCAGCAAUAAAAGAAAAUUGGGUCGAGCUACCAGAAGGUACUGUAUAUUAUGGGACCGAAACGUACUGCAUGGAAGAAGACCAUCACUUCUGUAUUCUGGUCGACGGUUAUGGGAACAUUGCUGGAUUUCAGUAUGCAUUGACCAAAACGGAGGUCGAAAAAGAACAGGCAUUCUAUGACAUGUCAGCUAUCGCCAUGUACGAAGAGAAGACGCUGUUUGGCAAACCAUGCUGGACCGUCACUAUUCUAACGGUAUCGCCUGAUACCAUCGCAGCUGGUGGUCGCUCAAACACUGGUAACGUGCUUGGUACUGACGGAAUUUGGAUCAUAACCAGAGACGGAAACAUGCCAAUCGCCAGAAAUGCCAAGGAUUUGGAUCCUGCUUGGACUAAGGAAGCUUGUGUACCUAAAAUGGGUACCCACUACUACUAUGAUAUAAGUCCAACUUCGGCGUGCGAGAAUUUCCAGCCGAUCUUUUUGUUGUAUGACGGUGAUGGGCUUAGUGGCGUUGGAUAUCAGGCAUUUGGAAAAACGAAACGUGUACACCGUCAGUGGUACGAGCAGGUUCCGGCUAUAGCUAUCAGGCCCACAAUUCCCACCACACCUCAAUGUCUGGUAGACUGGGCUGGGGAUUAUGAGGUGAUCUCCAUACACACCUAUUUUAAUCAUGAACCAUGGACUGUAAGAUGUUAAAUCAAUCAUGUACAAUUAUUAUGAUGCAAUAAAACGCAAAGCCUGUAAAAUUA